GAAGUGCGUUGUCUGAGUUAACGGUUCGCCAAUGGCUUCCCCGCAGGAACCCAGGCCCAUGCAAUCCUCAAGUACAGGUACCUGACGGCCCCCCUCAGUUACCUAACGGUUACCUAACCUGCCGCCUGGAUUGGCCCAACUCGUCGCACGCCAAGGUACCAAGGAGUCGUCGACACUUUGGGUGUCCCUCACACAGUGCGCAAUCUAUAAGGCUGACGCAAGACUGCUCUAAGCCGAACACCAGACACCAAAGAGAAUGGAUCUCGCUCCCUGAUUAUCAACCUUUUUGCGCAUCAACACCACAGCCGGUUAAGGCCAGAUUGAUUCAACUUUCCAGAUACUGCAUCGAAUUCAUGGCCGUCAACCUGCGCCACUGAUAGCCAGCAUCGCUUGCUGGUCUUCAAGUCCCCACCUAACUUGGAGCUUCAACCAAACAAGCUCCCCUAAUCCGAGCUGCCUACGUGGACAUAUAAACCAGCGUGUAUUACUGGCAAAAUACCAUGGCUUUCGACGCCCCCAACCGCAAUCAGCCCCUCCGCGCGCGCCACACCCCAAACCUCAACCUCUCGCCCGCAUCAUCCCGCUGCGUCACCCCGCCAGGCACCGCUUCGCCCGGCUCGUCCACCUUCCUUACUUCCUCUGUCUCCAGCCUCUGGGGUGGUUUCAUGCGCCGCUUCUCGACCGAACCCUCUCCCUCGACUCCCCACCCGGCCGACCUACCCCACGCCCACACAUUUCAGCCCGACGGCGGAGACAAGCACCACCACCACCACGAAGACAACCACGGCAACGGCGUGGACGGCGUAUACACCCCUCCCCAUCUCCUCCAUCCACACCGCACCGCUUCUCCGAUGCGCCUGCCGCCGUUAGAGCCGCUGCAGCUGCUGGGGUUCUCGGAGGAGACGCCGCAGGAUGCGCGGCUACUAACCGCGCCAGUCGCGGAGGAGAUACGGAUUAUGGUGCCGGCCCGGUUGGGAAUCGUGGACGAAUGGCGGCUAGUGUACAGCCUUGAGCAGGACGGCGCUAGUCUGGCGACGCUGUACGAGAAGUGCGCGCAGUAUCAAGGCGUGAGGGUGGGGUUCGUGCUGUGCGUGAAGGACUGCGACGGUGGUCUCUUCGGCGCCUACCUCUCCGACUACCCCCACCCGGCCCCCAAAUACUUCGGCACAGGCGAAUGCUUCCUCUGGCGCGCCUCCGUGCUAUCCCCCCUCCCCCCUCCACCCUCCCUCAUCGACGACGACGACAGCAACCCCAACCUGCGAACAACCACCAUCCCGGGCAGCCCACACAACAACAACACCACCCACACCACCCACCACAACAAUAACAACAACCACAACAACAACAACGAAAAACCCCCCUCCCGCACCCCCACGCCGCAACCGAUCCGCUUCAAGGCCUUCCCCUACUCGGGCAUCAACGAGUACUACAUGCUCUGCGAGGCGCACUUCCUCUCGCUCGGCGCCGGCGACGGCAAGUACGGCCUCUGGCUGGACGACUCGCUGGAGCGGGGCGUGAGCUCGACGAGCCAGACCUUCGGCAACGAGCCGCUGAGCGACGAGGGCGAGAAGUUCGGCGUGCUCGGCAUCGAGGUGUGGGUCAUUGGUGCGUAAGAUGGGUGCGGGCGUGGAGGGGUCUUGCCUCGGUUGGGUGGGGUGGGUGAGUUGAUGAGUUGGUGUUUUUUUUUUAUUGUUUUUUUUGCGAUGGGGCGGUUAUAAGAGUGCUUGGUUAGAAAAG